ACGUGGGAAGACUCCUCCUCUUCCUAAAUGACAGGAUAAGGAAAGGAAUAGAGUGAAACAGGGUGAAUAUCCACCUGCGAAGUCCGAACGUCUUCAAAAAAUGUUUCUCAAAAGAUUAGGGCCACAACUUGGACGGCCCACACGAAGUGUCGCUGGAUGGCUAACCUCAAAGAUCCUAACUAGGCGCAACAGAGUGCUGGAGGAGAAUGCUGUGAAGCUGUGUGGCAUCUCCCCAGAUGACAGCGUCCUGGAGCUGGGCCACGGUCCUGGGGUUGGCUUAGAAGCAGCUGCAAGGCUCCUCUCUGGACCCAAAGGGAAGCUCCUGGGGAUAGACUACUCUGAGUACAUGCACCAGAUAGCUAGUAAAAGAAUGCAGGAGCUCAUCACUAGUGGAAAGGUGACCCUGUACCACUGUGACGUGGCAUCCAUGCCCAUAGCGGAGAGCAGCGUGGAUAGGGUGUUCCACUGUAACUGCUACUACUUCUGGCCCGAUUUGAAGAAAGGCACCUUGGAGAUCAACCGCGUGAUGAGGACAGGUGGCCUCAUGGUGACAACCCUCAGGCUAUCCAACUUGGUAUACAUGGCACCUAAAAACGUUUUUACUGGGGAGAGCUGGCGUCCUGAAGUCUAUAUGGAGGCCUUACGGGCCACGGGAUUCUCAGAUGUGAGAAUGGAAAACAUAACAGACCAGCGGAUCACCUUUCAAGUUAUAGUUGCCACUGCUUCAAAAUGAAAAUGACAUUAUUUCAAAUGUGAAAUGUGAAGUGAUCUCAAUACACGUCUUCAUACUGAAGUGUCACUGGCCACUUAUUGAUUGUAAAUGUUGUGUUGUCAGUAAAAAUAAAAGAUAUAAUGUUUGAACCAGCA